GUGACGUAAUAUAUUGUCCAAAUCCUCAGCCUCAUUCGUCGGCAUUGGCCCUGUCAGGGCUUCAGGCUCUUAGCGGCUAGAUCUACGGCGCAUUAGCGCCCAGAAACUUGCGGUCAAGUACACCUUUCUAGGCCUCUAAUAGGUCCUUGGCAAGCCCCUGCAGGCCUCGAAUCAAGAAAUGGAGUCACUGGUUGACGUGUAAGUCACAUAACCUAGUAAAUAUCGAAGACGCAAGCCAGAGCCGUGAUCCGAUCUGAAGAGACCUUAUAUAUUAAGGCCUCGCUGCUGCUUUUUUCCUGUUACCGCUAAGUAUCUUGUCAAUCCUCAGAUCCUCUUGGAAGCAUACUUGGUAACCCUCUACGACUCUACGAGAAACCCAGCAAUACUGCUUCUACCAAUCCAUAGUUAAAUCCGAUAACACAGCUUCUCAUUAGCGAUGGCUCGAACUGCUGGGCUCCCUCCCUUCUUCCUCAUUAGCAAUGCGCUGAUUUGGAUUUCGGCCGUUAUUGUGAUGGGAAUUAUCUCCUACUUCAUCUCUCUAAACCCAAAUUAUGUUCCCGGUCGUAUCAUUUACGAAGAAGUUAUCUCCGUUCUUACCGUCGCUUUCUUCCUGGUCUCCUUCAUUCUCGGCUCAUACCCGGGUUCUAUUCUUAUAUUCAACGUCAUAUUCUCCUACCUCUGGCUAGUCGCAGUUGUCUUUACGGCUGAGGAUUGGUCAUCCGACUAUGCUGGCGAGCUUGCUCAUACCGUCGAGGCCUUUAGCUUCAUUGCCUUCUUUUUCCUAUUCUUCAAUGUUGUCUUUGACUGGCACUACGGCUUCCGCGGACACGUACGCAGCACAUCAGCCGUGUAAUAAUCUAAUUCAGAGAUUUGAUGAGAUAUGAGACAAUUUGCGAAUGAUUUAUGGGACUAGGAAGUCUUGCGAUGAGGGUUACAUGUUUGGGAUAGGGAGAGUAGCAGGCGUAUUCUCCAAGUAGUUGAUUACACGACUUUAUGACUUUAGAUACGAAUACC